AUGCUCCAUCCUCUCUGUCCUUCCUCCUCUCUAUCCUCCCUCCUCUCCAUUCUCCCUCCUCACUUCCUCCCUCCUCUGUAUCCUCCUGUCUCUCUUUCCUCCCUUCUCUCUAUCCUCCCCCAUCUGUAUCCUCCCUUCUUUCUAUCAUUCCUCCUCUGUAUCCUCCCUCUAUAUCCUUCUUCCUCUCUAUCCUCUCCUCUCUAUCCUCCCUUCUUUGUAUCCUCCCUCUGUAUCCCCCCUCCUCUCUAUCCCACCUCUUCUCUAUCCUCCUCUCUAUGCCCCCUCCUCUCUAUCCUCCCUCCUCUCUAUCCUCCCUUCCUCCUUCUGUACCCUUCCUCCUCUCUAUCCUCCCCAUCUGUCCUCCCUCCUCUCUAUCCUCCCUCCUCUCCAUCUUCCCUCCUUUCUAUCCUCCCUCCUCUGUAUUCUCCCUCCUCUUGGCUGUUGCUGAUGGACGAAGCGGCUCUUGAUGAUUUGAUCGCGCGGCUGCUGGAUGUGCGGAAUGGACGGCCAGGAAAGCUCGUUCAAUUGACUGAAGCAGAGAUUCGGAAUCUCUGCACCACUGCUAGAGACGUCUUUUUGCAGCAGCCCAACCUCCUGGAAUUAGAAGCUCCGAUUAAGAUUUGCGGUGACAUUCAUGGCCAGUAUUCGGACCUCUUGCGCCUCUUUGAAUACGGCGGUUUCCCUCCGGAAGCUAACUAUUUGUUUCUAGGAGACUACGUGGAUCGAGGCAAGCAAAGCCUCGAGACCAUCUGUCUGCUUCUGGCGUACAAGAUCAAGUAUCCCGAGAAUUUCUUCUUGCUCCGAGGAAACCAUGAAUGCGCUUCCAUAAAUCGCAUUUACGGCUUCUACGAUGAGUGCAAGCGCAGGUACAACAUUCGGCUGUGGAAAACUUUCACAGAGUGUUUCAACUGCCUUCCGGUAGCUGCGUUGAUAGACGAGAAGAUUCUCUGCAUGCACGGCGGCCUCUCGCCCGACCUGCGGUCACUGGACCAGAUCAAGAAGAUCGGUCGUCCUACUGAUGUACCAGACGCCGGUCUGCUGUGCGACCUGCUGUGGGCUGACCCUGACAAGGACAUUCAAGGUUGGGGGGACAAUGACCGGGGUGUGUCAUACACGUUCGGCGCUGAUGCUGUCACUGACUUCCUUGACCAGCACGACCUGGACCUAGUUUGCCGUGCUCAUCAGGUUGUGGAAGACGGUUACGAGUUUUUCGCCAAGCGCCAGCUUGUCACAGUCUUUUCUGCACCAAAUUACUGUGGCGAGUUUGACAAUGCCGGUGCCAUGAUGAGUGUAGACGAAAGCCUCAUGUGUUCCUUUCAGAUUCUUAAACCUGCUGAAAAGAAGCCCAAGUUUGGUUAUGGGGCAGCAGGAGGGGCGCGUGGAGCAGGCCAACCACGAGGUGGACGGAGAUGA